AUGUCAGAUGCAUACACUGUCCCAAUUGCAGUGUUUCUUUUCUCUCAGACUUCUUGGCUCGUAUCAUUUUCUCUCAGCAGACUUGGUUUAUUGACAGACCAGUUUGCUGUCUUCGUUGCUGGUGUCAUUUGUCUUGUUCUUCUAAUUGGUGGCCCAUUACUUCUUUUUCGACGAUAUUUCAAACGAGUUGAUCCCUUAAUGUGUGUUUUCAGUGCAUUCACAUGGAGUUGUAUGAUUGAUCUGAGCAUCGGUCUGGAGCUGGAUGGUUUCAUCUCUAACUUCAUGGGAUUUUACUUUGUUGAAGGAGAACCAUAUCUGAUGACAGCACAUGGUGCCGCUAUAGAUUACUGGGACGGGAUUGUCCAUUUUGCUUUGUAUUUAACAAUGAUUACUCUCUACUGUAAAAAAAAAAGUUAUCGUGAGGUUGGUCUAUACUGGGUUGGCACAAUGCUGGACAGCAUGAUUGUUCUCCUUCAAGGUGGAACUGCAGGAAAUCACCCAUUCAAGCUAUCAAUUAUGCUGAACAUUCCAUAUGUAUUGUUACCUCUUCUUGCUGCUUUUAAGUUUCUGCAUGACCGGCCUUCUCAAGCUGAAACUUCUGAAAAGGUUCAGAUCAGCAAGAAGCAUCCACUCGACCUUCUGUUCAUUAUUUAUUUUAUUGCUGCAAUAUUUAUUGCUGUCUUCCGGACUAUGGCUGUCCUUGGUGGUACUGCAGAAAGCAUGAAAGAGUAUUUACAAGUAUAUGAGCCAUAUUUGUUAGAUCCAACAAACUUUCCAAAGUUUCAGAUCAUUACAUAUGGAUACUUCUUUUUUACCUAUUAUCUGAGUGCUGUCUAUGGAUUACUACAUCCUGGACAACAGUGGAUGACUGACUGGUCUCUGAUUCAUGCCGGGGCUGCUGCACAGGCACAGUUCUCUUACAUGUUUGGCGCAUGUCAUCACCUAACACCCAAGGCCUUUCAGUGUCCCCGUGCAGGAGUACCGGCACUUGUAUUCUGGACAGUCAACUUGACACUGUUUGUUGUGCCUCAUCUGUUUGCGUGGUGGUGCUUGCAGAAUACUAACAGAUUUGGGCGCACUCAAAUUAUUGAACACUCAAAAUCAAGAGUAGAGAAUAUUAAAAAGCACCGGAAGGAUAAAUAA